AUGAAUUCGCUGAACUUGUUAUCGGCGAAAGUUAUCGGCCAGCCAGUGGCUCGUUCGCGGGCCAAAUCGCAAAGCGAAGACCUGCGCCGGAAGCUGAGUGGAGAGUUGGUUAGAGGAAGGUCGCAUAGCGCGCAACAGGCUCCUGAGGUCAAGAGCGGGGAUGCGUCCGAGCUCGACGAACCUAUUAUCAAGGCUGGCAGUGACGAUGCCGAAACACCCGGUAUUGAGCCUGGGGAUGAGAAACAACUACUGCUUAACCAUGAGAAGAGGAGAGAAGAGUCUGGCUUCGGAAGCAAAUUACAUUCAAUCGUCAAGAGAAUUGCCGAUGCCAUUACCGCGAUACUAGCAACUAUUGGCAUGCCUGUUGUCUACGUUGCGAAAUGCUUUCGAGAUGAAUCUGGUCAAUAUUCAGCCCUUGUACCAUUCAAGCGCAAGAGAAGGAAGCUUACAACCAAAGAUGUCAGUAAACCCAAGCCUGAUGAGCUACCGGAAAAGCCGUACGAUCGCAUCACACGGGAGACGAAGCUCAAGCAUUCUUACUCGAGUGAUUCUUUGAGCUCUAUGAACUCCCUGCAGACCGACUCUGAUUCGGACAACAAAAGAAGAAAAGAACGCAAGGCAAAGAAGGUAGAGAAGCUGGAUGUUGAUGAUGGGGGUCAUAGACGUCGAUCGAGUCGUAUACGACUGCUUCAGCAUGAGGAUGUAACUCAAAGGCGGAAGUCAAGGCUUGCUGAUAGUGCUACAACUCCAGAUGGUGGACCUCUGACUGUUGACAACAUCAAAUCUCCCAUGUCAGUAGCGACUGCCAACAAGCUGCGAUAUCCUCAUGCUCCACAACCUCCUAGACCCCUAAUACCCAGACGUCAGCCGUCAUACUCUAACGUGGCAGCACAACUGUCAACACAUGCUCACAGACGGCUUUCGUAUACACCUCAUAUUCACCAGAAGACUCUGAUCCUCGAUCUGGACGAGACUCUAAUCCACUCCUUUGCGAAGGGGGGACGAAUGUCCUCCGGACACAUGGUCGAAGUCAAGUUGAAUUCGCCAGUCUACAACCCGGUCGCCCAAGCAGUACCUGGCCAACCCGCUCCACCUCAGCAAAUCAUUGGUCCUCAACACCCUAUCCUAUACUACGUCCAUAAACGACCUCAUUGCGACGAGUUUCUGAAAAAGGUUGCCAAAUGGUACAAGGUAGUCAUCUUUACUGCUUCAGUGCAAGAAUAUGCAGAUCCUGUGAUUGAUUGGCUAGAACAGGAGAAGAAGUUCUUUGCUGGAAGGUAUUAUCGGCAACAUUGCACGUUUAGAAACGGCUCUUAUAUCAAAGAUCUAAGCAGUAUUGAGCCUGAUCUCAGCAAGGUGAUUAUCCUGGACAACAGUCCAGUUUCCUAUGUCUUUCAUGAAGACAACGCUAUACCUAUUGAAGGCUGGAUCAACGAUCCAACGGACAACGAUUUACUUCAUUUGAUACCCCUUUUUGAAGCGCUGCAGUAUGUCACGGACGUACGAGCGCUUUUGGCUUUGAGACGAGGAGAAGCAGAUACAGGUGUGACAACUAGUGCUGCGGCAUAA